GGCGCCAAGGCGGCAACCUCAGCCAGGCCGGAGGGACCCCCACGUGCGCAGCCUGGAAGCCUGGCAAGCCCUGCGCCCUCCCCUGCUCCCGGCCCACCUGGGGGCCACCGACUCCACUCCCGGAGAGUGUGGCUUCCGAGGGCAUGUGGUCCGGGCUCAGCGCUUUCGGUUCUCGGAGGAGCCGAGCCUGGGAGCCGAGGGGACAGUGCUGGAGGUCCACGUCCCGCAGGUCUUGCAUCCUCAGUAUGGAAUGUAUGUUUGGCCCUGUGCUGUGGUCCUGGCCCAGUACCUGUGGUUUCAUAGAGGAUCUCUGCCCGGCAAGGCUGUCUUAGAGAUUGGAGCUGGAGUGAGCCUUCCGGGAAUUGUGGCUGCAAAAUGUGGUGCUGAAGUAAUACUGUCAGACAGUGCAGAGCUGCCUCACUGCCUGGAAAUCUGUCAGCGUAGCUGCCAAAUGAAUAACCUGCCUCAAGUGCAGGUCAUAGGACUCACAUGGGGUCAUGUAUCUCAGGCUCUUUUGGCUCUACCACCACAAGACAUUAUCCUUGCAUCUGAUGUUUUCUUUGAACCAGAAGAUUUUGAAGACAUUUUAACUACAGUUUACUUUUUGAUGCAGAAAAACCCCAAAGUCCAAUUGUGGUCUACUUACCAGGUGAGAAGUGCUGACUGGUCACUUGAAGCUUUGCUCUACAAGUGGGACAUGAAAUGUGUCCACAUUCCUUUGGAGUCUUUUGGUGCAGACGAGGAGGCUAUAGCAGAAUCUGCCCUCCCAGGAAGACAUACUGUUGAAAUGCUGGUUAUCUCCCUUGCAAAGGACAGUCUCUGAAUUACACCUACAAGCUGUUUCAGGACAACGUCAAUGCUGAUUAGCAACCUGCCAAGCCAACUGUGUGGCUCAGGCCACUUCAGCUUAAGUACAAGCAGUAGAUUUGAAAAUGGUUGUAUCUGAUUGUGAGGCAUCACUUAACCAUUAAAAUGAAAAUUAAAACACUUCUAAGAAAAAA